UACUCUCUUGGACGAUCAUGAAAGAUUCCAAAACAGCUUUAACUACACAUCCCAGAGUGCUCUGCUUCGACAACGACCCUUCCGCUGUAAACAGGAAGUUGAGCUUCUACCACGGAAAUAUGAAGCGGGUGACUCGUCGGGUUUGUGAUGACGGCCCGGUUCCGGAGGAGCAGGAGACGGAGGGACAGAGGCAGCUGCACAACCUGCUGCUCCAACAGCUCGAUACAGACGUCGACAUCGACCGCUGUGUAGCCAAGAAGAAAUGCUUCGCCCCGGCUGCGCUGUACAAGCCGUUCGGCGAGCAGGCGGCAGGGGUGCGCAGUCUGGCCCAGUUCCAGGCGCUGCAGGACGGAGAGAAGGAACUGGCCGACCUCAGAGAGCUGGGCCUCACUGACUCCGAGAUCGAGCUGUGGAGGAACAGAGAUGUGCAAGGCGGCGGCGGGAAGAAUCGUGGAGUGAGCGUCGCUCCUGAAGCACGGGACGAGCGCCUGCAGGUCAUUUGGGACAAGAUGGCGGCGAGGGCGGAGUUAUUGUCCCGUCCGCAGCGCUUCUCGGGCAGCCGAGCCCUCACACGGAGAGAGAUGGAGAUCGAGAAGGCUCUGUUCCACGGCAGUGACCGCUCCAGCUUCCUUACUGCCCUCUACCAUCAAGAGCGAGAUUCACAGAAUGGCCAGCAGGAGGCGAACUUUUCGAACCCAAUGGAUUCAUUAUACAGAGAGUUUCUCAAAGAUCAACAGAGAGACCCUGAGAGCGUCACACACUCAUCCCAGACAGAUCCUGAUCACAGCCAAGCACCACGUCCGGAUCCGGACUCUGAUCGGUCGCAUGCUCUCGAUGACUGUAACGGCCGAUCGUCGGAAAGCAACCAAUCCACUCCAACUGUCGGUGCGACGCAGUCUCCGCGUCCAGAAUCAUCAUCAUCAUCGUCGUCAUCUGUUCCACAGAAACUGACGGUUAACCAACCCAUCGGACGCGUGACCUCUCGUCAGGGCCGGAGCAGCCCGGUGACCGUCAGCGGUAAAGUAGAGGAGAUUUCAGAUGAGGAGAUCAGGAAUAAUCGGGAGACGGAGGAUGGCAUAAGGGGAAUGUCGCGCUUUCAGGACUAUCAGCGUGGAGAGCCAUCGAAUGUGCUGUGUGUGAAGAACAUGAGUCCUCGGGCCUCUCUGGCCCAGCUGGUGGCGCUGUUCUCCCGCUUUCAGAAGGACGACACAAAUCCGAUCGUGUAUCGCCUCCUGACGGGAAGACUGAAGGGCCAAGCCUUCAUCACGCUCUCUGCUUGGAUCUGUUGUCUGACAGACAUCGAGACUGCACAAGCAGCGUUGGACACGGUGAAUGGGUACAGGUUGCAGGACAAGCCUCUAGUCAUCGAGUUUGCCCGAGAGAGGAGACGCGCAAAGACCGAGGACAGCUCUUCAGAAAUUCACAGCACAACUACAGUGCAAGAGGAUGUGAAGAACUGCUCGUCGUAGUGAAAUGAUGUGCCUGUAAUUACAAAGUACUUUAAAUAGUAUUUACGUGAAGAAUAAAACACGGCCGGGUGUGCUGUUAUGAGGAUAAUUACCCA